AGCAAACUUGAUGAUUACCAGGAACGAAUGAACAAGGGAGAACGUCUGAAUCAAGAUCAGCUGGAUGCGGUGUCAAAAUACCAGGAAGUGACAAAUAAUCUGGAAUUUGCUAAAGAACUGCAGCGGAGUUUUAUGGCUUUGAGCCAAGACAUCCAGAAAACAAUAAAAAAGACAGCUCGCAGGGAGCAGCUGAUGCGAGAAGAAGCUGAGCAGAAGCGUUUAAAGACUGUGCUAGAGCUACAGUUUAUUUUGGACAAGUUGGGGGAUGAUGAAGUGCGCAAUGACUUGAAACAAGGAUCAAAUGGAGUACCAGUGCUGACAGAGGAGGAACUGACAAUGCUGGAUGAGUUUUACAAGCUAGUUUACCCCGAACGAGACAUGAGCAUGAGGUUGAAUGAGCAGUAUGAACAAGCGUCUGUUCACCUCUGGGACUUACUGGAAGGGAAGGAAAAACCAGUUUGUGGAACAACCUAUAAAGCACUGAAGGAAAUUGUUGAACGCAUUCUUCAAACUAGCUACUUUGAUAGCACCCACAACCAUCAGAAUGGGUUAUGUGAGGAAGAAGAGGCAGCACCUGCACCUGCAGUAGAAGACACUGUAGCAGAAGCUGAACCAGAUCCAGCGGAAGAAUUUACUGAACCAACUGAAGUUGAAUCAACUGAGUAUGUAAACAGACAAUUCAUGGCAGAGGCUCAGUUCAGCAGUAGUGAGAAGGAACAGGUAGAUGAGUGGACAGUUGAAACGGUUGAGGUUGUAAAUUCACUGCAGCAACAGACACAAGCUACAUCUCCUCCAGUUCCUGAACCUCACACGCUCACUACUGUGGCUCAAGCAGAUCCUCUUGUUAGAAGACAGCGAGUACAGGACCUUAUGGCGCAGAUGCAGGGCCCAUAUAACUUCAUGCAGGACUCUAUGCUGGAGUUUGAGAACCAAACACUUGAUCCUGCCAUUGUAUCUGCACAGCCCAUGAAUCCAGCACAGAAUUUGGACAUGCCACAAAUGGUUUGCCCUCCAGUUCAUGCUGAGUCAAGACUUGCCCAGCCUAAUCAAGUUCCUGUGCAACAGGAAGCUACGCAGGUUCCCUUGGUUUCUUCUACAAGUGAGGGAUAUACAGCCUCCCAACCCAUGUAUCAGCCUUCUCACACAACAGAGCAACGGCCACAGAAAGAAUCAAUUGACCAGAUUCAGGCUUCAAUGUCGCUGAAUGCAGACCAGACCCCAUCGUCAUCAUCACUUCCUGCUGCAUCCCAGCCACAAGUGUUCCAGGCUGGAUCUAGCAAGCCUUUGCAUAGCAGCGGAAUCAAUGUUAAUGCAGCUCCAUUCCAAUCCAUGCAAACAGUAUUCAACAUGAAUGCACCUGUUCCUCCUGUUAAUGAGCCAGAAACACUUAAGCAGCAAAACCAGUACCAGGCCAGUUACAACCAGAGUUUCUCCAAUCAGCCUCACCAAGUAGAACAAUCAGAUCUUCAGCAAGAACAACUCCAGACAGUGGUUGGUACUUACCAUGGCUCCCCGGACCAGACUCAUCAAGUGGCGGGUAACCACCAGCAACCUCCCCAACAAAAUACUGGAUUUCCACGUAAUAGUCAGCCUUAUUACAACAGUCGAGGAGUGUCUCGUGGUGGAUCACGUGGGGCUCGUGGCUUAAUGAAUGGUUACAGGGGACCGGCAAAUGGAUUUAGAGGAGGAUACGAUGGCUACCGUCCUUCCUUUUCCAACACUCCAAACAGCGGUUACACGCAGCCCCAAUUUAAUGCUCCUCGGGAUUAUUCAAACUACCAGCGG